UGUACAUGGGGCGCGCACUCUACCAACUGUGCUAACCGUGCCCAAAAUAUUUAACAUCCAUCAGCGGAUGAGUUAUUUAAAUUACAAUAUUUUGUACCCUCUUCCAAUCUUGUUUUUCCUGCCAAUUACAAUGAAGUAGUCUCUGUGACCGUGAUAAACAAGUCACAAUGAACGAUGAACACGUCCUAUAUUUACAAGCUUAUGGCAAAGUCAUUAUGUACUUUAGCAAUCAUAUAGUUUUUUUCAAGAAGAGUUAGGCUACCCAGAAGUGCCAGUGGUACUAUACAUGUUCUAGGUUAGCUUAUAAAAAAAACAACACACCAAUGGGGUUUCUCUGCUUGCUGGCAAGUGGGGCAUCAUACAGGGUGGUCUCCAGAGUGUUGUAAUGCCUCGUCCACAGAGUCACUGAGGAGGUGGUGGCCAUUCGCCACAAGGUCAUCCACCUACCGAAGACCCAGGAUGAGUUACAACCGAUAUCCCGUAGGUUUGCAGGGCUGGCAAGACACAGAGCCUUUUUUAAAGCAGCUGGAGCAAUCGACGGCUGCCAUGUCCGCAUCAAGCCACCGAGCGGCCCCGAUGGUCAGUGGCUACAGGAACAGGAAACUGUUUCCAUCCAUCAUCCUCCAGGCUGUCUGUGACCAUCAGGGCCGCUUCAUUGACACCUACGUGGGCUGGCCUGGGUCGGUCCACGACUCCAGAGUGCUCCGCUACAGCCCACUGUACAGGAGUUCACGCUACCCUCUUCCAGGGCAUUUCAUCCUUGCAGACGGAGGGUACCCGUGCCUCCAACACCCACUCAUCACUCCCUACAAGACGUCAAUACAAGGUGUGGGAGCCCAGCGCUUCAACAGCCAUCACUCCAGGGCACGCUCCAUUAUAGAGCGUGCUUUUGGGAUGAUGAAGACCAGGUUCCGGGCCAUCUUCCUGCAAGCGCUGGAGGUCAUAACAGCAUGUUCCAUCCUCCACAACAUCUGCCUUGGGGCUGGUGACAUUGUGGCCCCAGAAGAUGAGCCUGAGGAGGAUGUGGCAGAGGAUGAGUGGGAGAACGGUUUGGAGACAGUCAGUGGUGCUCCCUGGCGUGACCAGCUGUCUGCAGAGGUGUCUGCCCUGGAGGAGGUGCCCCCUGACCACCAAUAUUUUUAACAGCCGUCAAUUGAACCAGCCCUGCAAACCCACUGAUGGUGGACAGUGGAGAGAUGCAUCCACACCUGCAACACACUCUGGAGACCACCCCAGAUGAUGUCCUGCUGACCAGGGUCUUUAUUGUGGCAGCCCAUCCAGGUCCAGCAGCAUCACCAGGGUCUCCCUGCUCAGUGGAAUAAAUGUUGUAAAUAUGUUGUAAAUAGUUAA